CUUGCUCACUAUUGGAGAAUACGUGUACGAGGUAGUCGCUGGUCUGCUUCUGCUGGAAACAAGCCGAAACGCACCAUUUGGUAAUUUAUAAAAAUAAUAACUCAAGCAACACGAUUCUUUUGAUUCGGCUAGGGUCUUUAAGAUUAUUGAUUAUCAAGCCCAAAAAUGAAGAUUUGGUUGCUGUUGGUGGUAUUGAGUUUUGCAUUGCUUGAUUCAUGCUGCCAAGCUGGAUUGUGUCCAAUAUCCCUGCCCCAAAAUGUCCCGUGGUAUUCGCCAUGCAAAUCGUUCCGUGGUACUUCCCUGUUUACCCAGCGAGUACACUAUGGGAUCGAGAAACCAACCGAAUCGAUGCCAUUUGCUCGUCUCAAGCAUGGGAUUGUUAGUCUCACAGCUAUACUAAUCAAAGAUCCAUUCCUGAAGUUCCAUGCAGAUAAAUGGCGGGGGCUCGCUGUGUUUAACGAAGCAGCGAGAUCUUCGUACAUGUUGUCGAAAGUCUUUGCUCCAACAAUUCCGACCAUGAAUGAGUUCUCGAUUAUUGCAGAGCAUUUUAAAAGAAAACCGAAGCUUCUUUUACAUGGCUACGCAAAGAUACCAUCCGAUCAAGAGCCAUUUGACAAAUCCAAGACGGAUUGGAUGUCAGAUCAGCAUUUUGCUGAACAAAGACUGGCUGGAACUAAUCCAAUGAAUCUAAAUAAGAUAACUUUCUCUGGUGAAGUGGGAGUAAACUGGAAUGAAUUGAAAUCAACAUUGAACGAAAAGUUUGAAUGGGAAAGCGUUGUCUCAAAAGCAUUGAAUGGAAUGCCCUUUGACACGGCCAUCGAAGAAGGACACCUUUAUGUCCUACACCACCCUUAUGGCGAUGACUUGAUGACGAUGGCCGAUGAGGUAGACAAGGAUCCUAAAAGAAAGAUGUGGGAAUUCAUGUCUCCGAUUGCUCUCUUUGCAUCCGUACCAUCCAAGAAUUCUUCCUCUGAGGCAAGACUGCUGCCUGUUGCAAUUCAAAUGGACCAUGAACAGAGUUCUCCUGUCUAUACCCCAAACGACGGUGACUUGUGGACCUUAGCCAAACUCAAUGUUCAGCUCACAGACUUUGAGGUCAGCCAGAUUGUAGAACAUCUUAGCAAAGUUCACUUCAUAGCAGAAGGAUUGUGUGUAAGUGUGGAGAGACAGUUAUCUUAUCAGCACCCACUCUACGUCAUCAUGAGGUACCACUGCCGUGGAGUGCUUGUGGCUAACACAUAUGGUGGACCAAUUCUGUUGGCAGAUGACCAAAAGCUUGAUAAUUUAUUCCCGUAUGGUUAUAAGGGAUCCAACGAACUUGUAGCCAAGACUGCGAAGAUGUUUGAAUGGAGUGACAUAAAGCUGGAAAACAACAUCAAGCGAAGAGGAGUAGAUGACACUCGUCGCCUACCCUAUUAUCCAUUCCGAGACGACGGAGCCGAGAUAGAGAAGGCUAUACGACUCAUGAUAACGGAUUACGUGAAUGCGUAUUAUCCUAGAGAUCGUGAUGUGAAAAGAGAUAUUGAAGUGCAAGACUUUGCAAGUGAGGUCUCAGACGAAGGAAGAAUUUCAAAAGUCAUGCUUCGCGGGUUUCCUGCAACGAUCGACACCAAGGAGCAGCUGGUUGAUACUUUCACUCAAAUCAUUUGGCUGAUGACAGGCCAGCAUGCGUCUGUCAAUUAUCCAAUGAUAGACUACGUUACGUAUGUCCCCAAUACACCCCUGAAACUCUACGAUUCUGAAAGGAUUCCUAAUACCACAUUUGGUCCUGAGAGGUUGCCAAACAGAGCACAAUCAGCGUCUCAAGCCUCCUUUGGCGCGAGCCUUGCUACGUAUCGUGAGGAUAGUCUCUUCGACUACGGCAAAUAUCUCAAAGACGGCAAAGGUAGAAAAGUGGUGUCUCGAUACUACAAUUACCUAAAAGAUGUAGUGGAUCCGCUUUUGGAGAUGAGAAAUCAUAAGAGGCUUGUUGAAGGUCACCUGACCUAUCCCUACAUGCAACCAAGAUGGGUGCCAAAUGGUAUCCAGACUUAAAAAAAUGUAUGCAACUUAUUCAAUUGAUGAGAACGACAACCCAAAGAAAUUCAUAAUAUGAAAAUUAAUGUUAUUUUAACGGAUAAAGCCAAUAAGUAUAUGUAAUAGGACUCCAUGCUGUCCAAUUAAGAAAUAAUUAGACGAGGAAAAUUCCGAGGACUUCCAAAAUUGGAU